UCGAAACGUUUGAAAUGGCUGACAGUGAACUUGAGGCAAUUCGGGCCCGGCGUUUGGCUGAAAUGCAGGCCCAGCAACAGGGAGGAAGAGGAGGGAGAGGAGGCCCUUCCCAGGAAGAACAGGAGGAGAUGAAGGCAAAACAAGCAGACAUGAGAAAUAGCAUUCUAUCUCAGGUGCUAGACCAGCAAGCUAGAGCAAGGCUAAAUACCAUUGCUGUGGCCAAACCAGAUAAAGCCAAGAAGGUGGAAGACAUGCUCAUUCAAAUGACACAGAUGGGACAGAUACAGACAAAGCUAAGUGAAGAUCAACUGAAGUCACUAUUGGAGAGAGUGAGUGAGCAGACACAGAAAACCAAAGUGAAGUUUGACAGGCGCAGAGCUGCAUUAGAUGACUCAGAUGAUGACAUGUGAAUUCUGCUUCCAACUGUGAUAACAAAUGAACUCCUCCACAUGGCAUGUCUGUAUUAUCGCAGGAAAAAUGGCUUGAAUGAUCUAAGAUGGAACACGCAGACUGCAUGCUGCAUUUUGUGUAGGAUUGGUUGUGUGACAGUGGUAGUUUGGUUAUAAUUGCUUGACUUGGAUGGCCUACAGGAAUGGAAAAAGGAAGAGAGAUAUUUAAUAUAAUUGGCUCUAUCUCUUUGCCAUUUCUUCAGAUAUUUUGUACUGGGAUAUGUCCAGUCAGUUGCUGUCAGUGGUUGAUUGUAUUUAUAUAAUAAGAUAAAAGCUUGUACAGCAGGGCAUAAGCCACCCCUCUCCUCCUUUCCCUGCCCCCCC